AUGGAGGCGGCUUGUUCAUCUACUCCUGGAAGUUUGCGGAAGUUUCUCUAUUACCAAGGUUGGGAGCCGAGUUCGUCGGAGGAAAAAGCGAGGAGGCGUUUUGUUUUCGAAAACCCUCGAGAGAUGGACCUACAAUCAGAGGCGAUACAGCGUGUUCUAUCGAAGUAUAAGUUCCAUGAUGUUGCUGUGGCGGAGCUCGAGAAGCUGCACCGGAUCUUCCCUGAGAUAAAGCCAACCACGGGGACAUACACUUUCAGCGACAACACUCAGAGGGAUCUCCUCAAGCUCAUCGGAAACCUUCCUGUCAAGUAUGAAGGCCGCACCUAUAAUCUGCCCAUCCAGCUGUGGCUGACCAACUCCUUCCCCUUCACCCCGCCCAUCUGCUUCCUGAGGCCUACAGCCGACAUGGUCAUCCGAGAGGGCAAGCAUGUGGACAGCAGCGGCCGCAUCUACCUCCCUGGACUGCACAACUGGGAUCAUCCGAAGUCCUCCGUCGUGUUUCUUCUGAAGGAGAUGAUCUCCAAGUUCGAGGAGGACCCGCCUCUGUCGUCCAAGCCCUCGCGCAACAGCGGAGACCCUCAUGAGCUGCUAACGCUAGUUAACAGCUUGCGCAUGUCAGACGGUGGCGUGAGACAUCACGAUCAGCAGCUCAAGGUCUCAGUCAUCGGAGGAGGUGAUCUCGGCAUGGCGUGCGUCAUGAGCAUCCUGGCAAAGUGUAAAGUGGACAAAGUUGUUUUCAUCGACGUCGCCGAGAGCUCCACUAAAGGAGGCAGCACGGACUUGGAGAUCUUCAGUCUGCCCAAGGUCGAGGUGUCGAGAGACGUGUCAGCCUCCGCCUCUUCCAGAGUUGUCAUUCUGACGGCCAACUCGUGGACUAGCGAGCAGUCGUACGUGUCCGUGGUACAGGCGAACGUGGACCUCUACAGAGGAAUGGUUCCUAAUCUGGUGCGACUGAGCCCGGCCGCCAUCGUCGUGGUCGCCUCCCAGCCUGUGGACAUCAUGACGCAUGUGGCCUGGAGGCAGAGCGGCCUUCCUCCGACACGGGUCAUCGGAGCGGGGUGUAAUCUGGACUCGGAGCGGCUCAGUUACAUCCUGGAUAUUAACCUGAACACGCACAAGCAGGCCUGGGUCAUCGGCGAGCUGUCGGACAACAAAGUUCCCGUGAUGAGCAACACUGGGCUGAGUGCCAGCAUGAAGUCAGAGAUCGCCGGCAGAUCUAGCGCCACCAAGCCGCUUCUGGACAGGGCUUUUGACAUGAUGAAGAACCGCGGACAGAGGUCGUGGUCGGUGGGUUUGUCCAUCGCCGACAUCACCAACAGUAUUCUGACAGAUCAGAAGAAGAUCCACUCCAUCUCAACACUCGCUCAGGGUUGGGGCGGCAUCGGCUCAGAGGUGUUCGUCAGCCUGCCGUGCAUCCUGGGAGCCAAUGGUUCCACACGUCUGGCCGGAACCACCCUGGGACCGGAGGAGGACUCCAAACUGAUGGACAGCGUCAGCUCCCUCUCCAACCUCAUGAGUCAGAUUCGGAUAUGAAGGACCGUACGUCGUGAAGCUGAACGCACUUUUGAAACACUGAAGGAGAUUCUGUCUGUGAUGACGUGGUGUUUUUUUGAUGGAGACCAAAUAUGUUACAUGAAUUUAAGCCCCUUUUUUUAGGUAAACAAUGAUGACGCUCUUGUCAAAAAACACUUUUUAAACAAAUCAGGGUUGAGGGCCUCACUGAAAUCCAAUUCCUACGCUGCUAAUGUACUUUUUACGGUGUGUUAUCGUGGAGCUUUUGAAGUUUGUUUACAACAUUUUGUAUAAAUUUGUUUAACUUAUAUACUUCAAUAAAAUGAUUCUGUGGGUGUGCAGUAACUCCAGGAGUCCGAC